GCUUUUUAUCAACGGUAUAUAAAGAGAGAAUGAGAAACGCACGAUUAGAUAUUGAUCAACGGGCCCUGUAUAUAAUAGGCCUCCGCUCGAUUGAUCCUCAUCCAGUCUCAAUCGUGCCUAGACGUCUCAAUCCAUCAUAAUGAUUGCUAGCAGAGCAUUCCUCUUGGCAGUUUUCUGCAUUGCCUCGACCGCGGCAACUCAUUUCUCACCUUGCGCGGAAGGCAAAGAACCAGUGGCACUCAGAGUCGAGGGAUGUGAGGACGAACCUUGCAACUUUUAUCGCGGUGAAUCGGUCAAGGCCCAAUGGGACUUUUCAGUCGUGAAAAACACUGCGAAUUUGAAGCCUCAAGUGAUGGUGACCGCUGCUGGUUUCACGCUCCCGUACGAGCUGCCGGAACAAAACGCAUGCAAAUCUCUCGUGAACGGUUAUUGCCCGCUGGACGAGGGUGAAGUUGUGACUUACGGACUCGAGAUGCCCGUUCAGCAGGCCUAUCCGAAGCUCGGACUCCUUCUUCAAUUCUCUCUCGUCGACGAUUCUGGCAACGUCCACGUGUGUUUCAAGCUCAGUGCUCAAGUCGUCGACAGAUAAUUUUAGAGCGGGGAUAUCACCGGCGAUGAUCAAAAUUGGCGAUAAAAAUCAAUAACGUUGAGCUCGACUACCUUUGAGCCUAUGAGCCUCCGUUGAGAUUAUGUUUUUUAUCGCCGUAUUCGAGCUUUUCGUUGGUUUGAUGAAUGAACCUUCGACCAAUGACGCAUCACGUUCAGUGUACAGCUUCUCACUAUUCAAAAUAAACACAAACUUUUAUUCAUGAAA